AUGGUUUCUCUAAUCGGCAUUGGCGGUGCGAUGAUUGCUAAUUACGGAUACCUCGAGACCGUGCCCUAUACCAACCGCUCCCACUUUGUUUUUCGCUCUCCCCUGGAGGAGCGUGAGCAUGCCGAGUCCCGCAUCGCCUAUUUGAAGGAGAAGUACGCUCCCGCCAUCCUCGACCAGCACCACCCUCACACUGUCCGCGUUAAUCGCAUUGCCUCUAAGCUCAUCCAUGCCGUCCACCGUGACCUCGUCACCAAGCGCCAUGACACUGUCACGCUCCAUAGUGACAAUGUGGGGUCAGCUAUGGAGGUCUUCAGCAGGACGAUGUGGAAGGAACGAAGGAAGCAGCCACAAACAAGGCAUCUCGAUGGGCUCAACUGGGAGGUGAUUGUCAUAAAAGAUAACCACAUCGAUAUGUGGUCCUUGCCCGCUGGCAAGAUUAUAGUACCCACUGGAUUGCUCAAGUUUUAUAAGACGGACGCUGAGCUUGCCUCUGUGAUUGCUCAUGAGAUUGGGCACAUCGUUGCAAGGCACUGGGCAGAGAAGAUCAUUUACGAUAAGUGGCUUCCUAGACCCCUGAAGUUGCCCUUCUGCCGAAGGGCGGAGACGGAGGCAGAUCUCAUUGGAAUGAUGCUACUUGGUUCAGCUGGUUUUGAUCCUCGCAUAGCGCCACUGGCCAUUGAGAAGCUAGGAGAUAGUAAUAGAGGAUUCCUCUGUACUCAUCCUUCGAAUAAGAAAAGAUCACAGCUUUUAUCCGAAACUGAGAUCAUGGAGGAGGCUCUGAAGUUAUAUAGAGAAGUUAAUCCCCAUCAAAACACUGAACGUUCCCUCCAGGUUAAGUUUUGAACAACUAUCACCGGUCAGAGGGACAGAACACUGGAAACUUCCUUACGGAUCGUCCUUCAACCAAGGUUCAUGCUGCUCCAGGCGGUGGCUCGUCCCUGGGCUACUUGUUUGGUGGAAAGUGAUGUUAAUUGAUGCUGCUUACUGCAAGAUGAAGUGGUCUGUAUCUCUGUUAUCCAUGUGGGAAAAACAAUCAAGUGUUUCAUUUCGGUAAUUUACCGCCUGCAUCGAUGUACCGUGUGUCUGUAUGGUUUCAUGUGGCCAAGCUGAUCUCCUGCUUGGAAGCUAGCUUUGCCUAAAACCUAUUGCUUUCAAGACUAAUCGUGUUGUUCGCAAGAUUUGGUGUGUCUAAUCCCCUUGUUU